AUGCCUCAGGCUUUUAAUCUUGUGGUUGAACUAUUUGAUGUGUGGGGUAUCGAUUUUAUGGGACCAUUUCCACCUUCUCAUGGUUAUGAAUAUAUACUUGUUGCUAUUGAUUAUAUGUCUAAAUGGGUAGAAGCAAUAGCUACACGAACUAAUGACGCUAAGAUAUUAUGCAAAUUCGUAAAAGAUAAUAUUUUUAGCAGGUUUGGAACACCUAGAGCAAUCAUUAGCGAUGGGGGAACACAUUUUUGCAACAAGGCAUUUAGUACCUUACUAAAGAAAUAUGAAAUAACUCGUAGAGUUGCAACACCUUAUCACCCACAAACAUCAGGACAUGUGGAAGUUAGCAAUAGACAAAUUAAGUCAAUACUUGAGAAAUUAGUGCUCCCAUCUGGAAAAGAUUGGGCUAUGCAAUUGAAUAAUGCCCUUUGGGCAUAUCGAACGAUUUAUAAAACACCGAUUGGAAUGAGUCCUUAUAGAUUAGUAUACAACAAAGCUUGCCAUUUACAGGUCGAAUUAGAACAUAAAGCAUAUUGGGCUAGUAAGGAGUUUAAUAUGGACUUAACUAAAGUAGGUAAAGAGUGUUUAUUGCAUCUAAAUAAGCUAGAAGAAAUGCAUAGUGAGGCAUAUAAGAAUGCCAAACUAUACAAAGAAAGGACCAAGAAGCAACAUAAUAAGAGUUUACUUCGUAAAUCUUUUGUCCCUAAAAUGAAAGUAUUAUUAUUUAACUCACGCUUUAAAAUUUUUCCAAGAAAGCUUAGAUCCAGAUGGAACAGACCCUUCGAAGUAAUAACGGUUUUCAAUCAUGGUGCAGUAGAAUUACGAAACAUUAAGACCCAAGAACAAUUCAAAGUUAAUGGCCAUCGCUUAAAGCCAUAUUAUGAAGGGAUGACCUACGGACAUGAAGUGGAGUGCAUGGAAGCACCUCAAAUUUGA